CGAAGCACAGGGCACAUGCGCACUAGCGACGCACGAUAAAAAUCUAUAUCAAUGAUAUUGUAUGAUUCUAUGAUAGAAGUUAUAAUAAAUAUUAAAUAUAAUAUUUUAUUUGUUUUAUUAUAAACUUUUGACCUUUAUAGUUAUGCAUUUUAAUAUUUUACCCAUUACAAUAAAUAAAUAAUAUUAUUCAUUUAAUUAAUUUACAAUAAUAAGGUCAACCAUUGUUUUAUUUCUCUGAAUCGGUAUCACUGGUCUUGGUCGUCCUGCCCCGCCAACUAAUCAUGUUCCGUCCAUGAGUAUAAGGUUAUGGCUACAGGUUGCGCUGCGUACGCUAGGGUUGCUACUUUAACCCGUGUAGUAUAGGGAUUAUUCACGCUUUUUGGAAAGUAUAUACAUUAUUUUGAACCAUGACCCACUUUAGAUUUAUAGCUUGUACGAUUACGCAUUUAUACAUGUGCAUAAGUGUAUAUUUCAUAAACAUGUUAUUCUUAAGAAACAAAUUUGAGUGUAGCGAUACAUAUUUCGGUAUAAAACGAUCGUUUAAAAAAACACAUAAUAUGUGAUAUGUGUGGUGUAUAAUAAUUAUUAUCGGAUAGUAUAAUUGAAUUAUUUACACAAAAGUAAAAAUACUAUUUAUGAAAUAUUCACACGUAUAAAUACGUAAUCGUACAAACUAUACAAUCUAAAGAGGGGCAUGGUUCAAAAAAUGCAUAUAUUUUCCAAAAAAACAUGAAUAAUUCCUAUACUAGACGGGUAACCGUACGCAGCGCAACCUGUGGCUGUUUAAUCGUGCGACUCAUUUCGGUACGUUUUUUCUGUGGGCGUUACGACUUACGAGUUUGGUCUCCUUAUUCUAGAUCUUAUUUAUGAUAUUAUUAUACUUAUACUUUCCUUAUAUAAUACAUAUAUAAUAGUAGUUUAGUUGUCGUUGUACAAGCAUAUGUUGUUCUUAAUAAAUUAUAAUAUACUUAAGUAUAUUGUAUGUCUUACUAAGUUCUUCAUUUCACACUUAAGUUGUUACGAAAUAUGGUGUCAGGUGUAAAACCCUAAUUAGUAUUAAUCAUAUGAAGCAUUUUAAGAAACUACACGUCGGUAUUUGCAAACCGGAUAACCAGAAAAUGGCGGACUUAGUGGUUCAAGAAUUUAAAGAUUAUUGUGAGCCACAGAAAAAUAUAAUCUACGAGCGCUUUAAAUUCUAUAGCUGCGUUCAAAAACCAGAACAAACGUUUGAUCAAUUUUUAACAGAACUUGAGAGUCUUGCAUUUUCGUGUGAAUUUGCGGAUUUGGACGAAAUGGUCAGAGACCGCAUAGUAAUGGGAAUCGGUGAUAGCUCGAUGCAAGAAAGAUUGAUGAGAGAAAGUAAUUUAACACUCAAGAAGGCAACAAAUCUAUGCAGAGUAACAGAAAUUAAAAAAAAUCAAUACCAAGAUAUGGACGACAAGAAUAUUGUUCUAGUCAUAGAAAAGAACGUAAAGAAGCCACAGAAAUGGAUAAUAUUCCCAAAAGGACAAGAACGCUGUAAGCCACAUAAACAGGAGUCGACUAAUGGUCAGAUCAAUAAAAAAGGGAUUCUUGGGUUGCAGGAUUAAAAGCCAGCCCAACCCAAUUGUUAAUGAGUAGAGUCCUACGUACAAGACUGCCAAUAGGCAACAAGAUAUUAAAUGCAAAUAUUCCACAAGUUGAUGUCAACAAUCGUGAAAAACAAACAAAAUGGUACAAUAUGAGAGCAAAGAGUAAUAUAGAAUAUGAAGUAAGGAACCAAUCCUAUUUCAAAGAAAGAAAAAUAGUGUGUGGUCUAAAGGAGUUAUAGUUGAGAAAGCAGGUAUCCCUCGAUCCUACAUGGUAAAAGAUGGCAAAGGAGUUGUAUAUAAGAGAAGCUCAUGUCACUAAAUGAAAGCUAAAUUCAUAAAUUUAUUAUUAUAUAAAUUAUAUUUAUUAUUUUUUUUUAAAG